AUGGGCCUGGAUAAUGGUUGGAAGUGGGACUGGAUUCGUGAACCCAGUUCAGCGGAGGAAUGUGACCAGUUUCAACGGCUCUCGGGUCUGCUGCAUUCGGUCACUAUUGAUGAGAAUAAAAAAGAUGUUUGGCGUUGGGAUACCAAAGAUGGUGCAAGUUUCUCCACAAAAAGUGUUCAGGCUGAGAUAGCGGUCGAGAAUGAUACCAAUAGUGAGGAUUCGCUUUGCUGGAACUCGUGGGCUCCGUUAAAGAGUAACUAUUUGCUGUGGAGGGCAUUAAAAGGGAAAGUGGCGGAUAAAAUUAGUUUGGAAAAAAGAGGCAUUCCUAUUCGAAAUCAUAUGUGUGAUAGAUGCGGGUAUGGGAUUGAAGAUACUAAUCACGUUUUUGUUAAUUGUAUAUGGGCCCGAAUUGUUUGGUGGCAAAUUGUGGUUUGGAUGCGGAUUCCUCCUCCGAUAAAUCUGGGCAGCCUAAAGGAAGUGGUGGAUGUUUUGACUGGAAAUAUUGGUUCGGCUAGAUGGAGGAGAAUCGUUUACACGGUAAUCUUGGCUACGGUAUGGCGAAUUUGGAAUGCUAGAAAUCUCAAAGUUUUCGAGGGGCAGUUUGUUUCAACACUGAGAACAGUCGACCUUGUUAAAGAAGACGUGUAUCUUUGGAUUGCUUACCGCACGAAGCUUCCGAAGCUGGAAUGGGACAAGUGGGCGGAUUUUAAUGUUUUAGAUAUUUUGUAA